UUUGACCGUGGUUUGCGCGCUCCUUGUGGGUUUUCGUGUCCUUAAAAGACAAUGGCUCGUACAAAGCAAACUGCCCGUAAAUCUACUGGUGGAAAGGCUCCAAGGAAACAACUGGCCACCAAAGCUGCCAGGAAAAGUGCCCCUUCAACAGGGGGUGUCAAGAAGCCUCACAGAUACAGGCCAGGUACGGUUGCCUUGAGAGAAAUCAGAAGAUACCAGAAGUCUACUGAGCUUUUGAUCCGCAAGCUCCCCUUUCAGCGUCUCGUGAGAGAAAUUGCCCAAGACUUCAAAACUGAUCUAAGGUUCCAGAGUGCAGCUAUUGGUACUCUUCAGGAAGCAAGUGAGGCAUAUCUGGUUGGCCUAUUUGAAGACACCAAUCUGUGUGCAAUUCAUGCUAAAAGAGUAACCAUAAUGCCCAAGGAUAUCCAGCUAGCCAGAAGAAUCCGUGGGGAACGUGCUUACAUUUUUUUUUAUAAAUUGUUUUGGUUCUUAUAA